CGCUAGAUCACAGAUGUCACUGUCCGUUUCGCGCCUUUUCCGGAAAUAAAUCCGGCGGGGGUUUCUGGUUUUGAGUACACGUGAACAGCGUCAUCCAAUCAGCUGGUAAAUUGUGAGGCCGGCGCUAAAUUGUCAAUGUUUUCUUUGCGUGCUUGUUUUGUAUCUUGUAGUUUAAACUAAUGCCAAUAAUAAAGUGAGAUAUUGACCGAAGCUAGAUGACUAUAGGUGGUUCAUUUUAUAGAACAUUGACUAUUACGAUUUCUGACCUUCAAACUUAUCCUAAAUAUUGUCGCCAUUUUGACCAUGCUAUUUGAGCUUGAGAUAGUUUAUUUUCAUUUCUGUAUUUCUUAGAGAUACCCUAGUGAGAUUUGUAAAUGGAUGCCCUAUUUGAAGAAGGACUACGACGAUGUCCCAGAAUACUAGUAUAGUAAAUUUCCUAAUACAUGACGCCAAUGGACAGCCUCAAAUGGUUAAAGUAGUGCAAAAUACAAACACUCAACCUCUUGCUCAAAUAAAGAUUAAACAAAAUCCUGUGAAAGUAAUUAAAGUAUCUACUGCUAGCGAGGGAAAUAAUCAGACUCCUGUAUAUCAACCUAUUAAAAUAAGUGGGAUUAAGUGUGCUUCAAAAUUAGUACAAGUACCUGUUGAUACUUUGGCUCGUCUACAAAAGAUUACACCUAAAACAGAGACAAAAUCGCAAAAAACUGAAGUUGUAAACAAUCAAAAACAAUUGACUGAGCUUAACGUGUUAGAGCGUUUACCAGAAUUGGUUCCCAUUUUGGCAAAAUCAGAGCCUGUAGAUAAGUUUGUAGAUAGCAAAGGACUUAUACCUGUUGUCCCAGAACCAAAUUCUGCAGAGAUUGUUGCUGAGAACAAGCCUUCCUUACUGACAAGUAUGUCACAUGCUUCGCGGAGAAGACACGACUCUGAUAAUGACCCGCCUGCAGAAUACACUACAAAGAGACGUAAACACGCAGAUAAAGUUGGUAAAGGCUUAAGACAUUUUUCAAUGAAAGUUUGUGAGAAAGUCAGAAAUAAAGGUUUUACGUCAUAUAACGAAGUUGCAGAUGAAUUAGUACUAGAAUUUGCAGCUGGAAUGCACGGUUCUGCUGAUAGCCAACAAUAUGAUCAAAAGAACAUAAGGAGAAGAGUAUACGACGCUUUAAAUGUAUUAAUGGCAAUGAAUAUUAUAUCAAAAGAGAAAAAGGAGAUCCGGUGGCUUGGACUUCCAACUAAUUCUGUACAAGAAUGUACAGCAUUAGAAAAGGAAAAGCAAACAAAACUUGAACAAAUACAGAAGAAAACGCAACAAUUACAAGAACUAAUAUUACAGCACAUUUCAUUUAAAAGUUUAAUAGAGAGAAAUAAAGACGCAGAAAACAAAGGCAUAAAACCUUCGCCUUCAUCAGCCAUACAUCUACCGUUUAUAGUUGUAAAUACAAGUGACAAAGCAUUAAUUGAUUGCAGUAUCUCUAAUGAUAAGACAGAGUAUAUGUUUAACUUUAACAAAAGAUUUCAAAUACAUGAUGAUAUUGAUAUAUUGAAAAGGAUGGGACUUCUAUUUGGCUUAGACAAAGGUGAAUGUACAGAAGAGGAUAUUGAAAAAGUAAAAAGUAUGGUACCAAAGUCAUUAGAAAGUUAUGUUGAACAAAUGGGCAGAGGAGUAAAUAACACACUAUCUGAUAUACUCGAUGAAGAGGAUAUUGAAGAUGUUGGAGAUGAAGAAGAUACUCUUGAAGGUGAAGUUGAGGCGGACGAACAGGAAGCAGAGGGAAAUGACUAUAGUGAAGACAGCAGCGAUGUAGAUGUUUAGCUACACGCUGUGUAGGUCAAUUAUCCAAAGCUGGUACAUUCACUACUAACAUCAACAUAUUUUUAUUAUUAUUGUAAUAAGUUUGAAAUUAAAACCAGCUUUAGUUAAUUCACCUGUAUCCAUUUUCUAUCACUAUAAUAUUUGUAUUGUAUAUUAGGGGUCAAAUUUUAAGAGUUUGCAAUUUAUUUUUUGACCACAAUAUGAAUUGUUGGUAAAAAUUCGCGAGGAUGAAUCCUUUAUAUUGUAUAUAAAUGCAACUGUUAUAUUAUGUCAUCAGUAAUCUUUCACAAGCAUCCUGAUUGCAAAAAUGUCUGUACAUAUCAUAAUUAAUAUUUGAUAAACAUUUAAGAAGGUUGUGUUUAUGAUUUCUGUGCAAUCAUAUAAAAUAUUGUGUUAUGUAUUAUUUUUUUAGUUAAAUGUAGGCAUAUUAUAUUAAUCAAUUCUUAGUUUGUAAUGGUUUUCCUCUUAAGCAACAAGCAAUUAAAAAGAAACAUAAAUUGAAUCUCCAUAUGAAAUGUUUCUUAUAUUUUUAAUGAAACUAAUAUUUUUAUCUGGUGAAGAAUCUGAUAUUUCUCACAAAAUAGGAUUCAGAAUACUGAUAAUUUUGUAUUCCUUUCAGUGAUUCUAGUUAUGUUGAAUUAUUGACAAGACAUUAUAAAAAAAUAAAUUUAAGAUCAUUUUAUAUUUUCCUUUAUUGUAAAUAUUUUUUGUGUAUAAUUACUGAUGACACUAACAUUAAGAAAUGUUUUAUUCAAUAGUAAUUUGCUACACAUGUUUAUUGUUAGUGUUUGAUUUAUGUAUAUUACAUCCAUAACGUAUUUUGUAUACUGGUAAAAUAAAGCUUUUUUUAUGUUUAAAACUUGAUCUCACAAUGAAAAGUGUAACCUAUGAACUCUUGCACAAGAUGAGAAUAUCUCAAAAUUAUAGUAAGAAGUUGUCCAGUUUAAAAAAUUAUAAUUUACUAAUUUGGAAUUGUUUAAAAGACAGAAAUAAAAUAGAUUUAAAUAAAAA